AUGACAAAUAGUGAGAGAGACACUUCCCUCCUGAAUCUUGAGAACGAGUACGAGAGCAUCAAAGACUACUUCACGAGUGUCAAAUUCGCGUACAGAGAGCGAGAGAGCAAGAAGUUCUUCUACGACAACCUGCAUGACGAUGGUGUGUCAAUCAGUGGCCGAGUCCUUGAACAAAGCAAGGCGAAUCUGAGGAGCGUAAAGCGGAUCUACGAGGAGAAGAGCGAGUCGAUGAGUGGACUGAGCAAGGAGCAGUUUGAGAUUGAGACUGAAAUCAGGGAGAGUGAGAGAGAGCGAGACAAAUUGGCUGAGGAAAUCAAUGCCCUUCAGUCUGACGCAAACCGCCUUGAAAUCAUCAGAAGCAGCGGAGAGAGACAAAGGGGCCUCGAGGAGCAGCUCGGUGCGAUGAAGGCGGAGAACGGGAAGACGCAGCUGCGUCUGAACGAGACGAGGGCCAUUUGCGACAGAAACGAGAUCGACGACCUGCUCCGAAAGGAGAGGGAGCUGAUUGAGAGAAAGAGGGAGCUGACUGGGGAAGUGAGGAGACUGACGGUUGCUGGAAGCGAGGAGGAGAUCGAGGAGGUCUUCUGCUGGCACAGGAUGCUGGGUGAGUUCUACAAGGCGCUCUUUGGGGAGGUUGAGGUGAAGAAGGAAGGAAAUCGAGUUUGGGUGACUGUGACUGUGACAGGGAGAAUGAGGGUGACGGUGACUGUGGUUGGAAAGAGGGUGGUUGAGAUCGAGGCAGCCGACUGCCCCGAGUCGAUGGCAGCUGCCUUCGUCCGAUGCCGCAGUCUCUGCCUCCGCAUCGGUGACCCGCGUCUUGCAAUUUGUUGCUUGCAAUCAGUUGCUUCUUUAAGGCGCCUUGAUAACUAA